AAAGAAUGGUAGCUAAAAAGUUCUACUCGAUGUGGAGGGAAAAUAGAGUAUACCUCAUAAUCAAGUAAAUAAUCGCUGGCAUGGAUUGCAGUGGAAAGGAUUACGAGGUUAUUGCACAAUCUGCACUCGACGAAAAAGGACAAUUUCACGGUCACACCAAAUGCAAUAAAGUGUCAUCACAGGAGCAGUUAUGUAGAUUAUGGAAAAAAUUUGUGCAAGAUGGAAAGAUUACACAGGAAGAAUUCAGAUGCACCACUUUUUCUGCCUACCCUCGAACUGUAGAAGAAUUCAAAAAGCCUUUUAAUGACCCCGAUUCUUCUGUGAGGCGGAAGGGUUUGGAAUUGGUUUCCAUUGCGACACAUGUCAUCCCAUGUGCACACAAGGAGAGAUGGAUAAGAGAGAAGGGAGACCCCAAAGAACAUGCCAAACGCUAUGUCGCCAGCAUUCGUACCUGGAGUAAUGCAAUGUUGAUAUCAGGUUGGCGAAACUAGAUAUUUGCAAAAUGACAAGGACAAUGAAAAU